CUCAGCACUACCAUGACUUCUUGCCUAGCUCCGGAGGACCGCAGCUGUUCUCACAGCGGCCUUGUGCAGGACAAGAAUCAUCCAAGAAAUCUUAUUCCAGAGCUCUGCAAACAGUUUUACCAUUUGGGCUGGGUCACUGGCACUGGAGGAGGAAUUAGCUUGAAGCAUGGCAAUGAAAUCUACAUUGCUCCAUCAGGAGUGCAAAAAGAACGGAUUCAGCCUGAAGAUAUGUUUGUUUGUGACAUAAAUGAACAGGACAUAAGUGGACCUCCACCAUAUAAGAAUUUAAAGAAAAGCCAGUGUACGCCUCUGUUUAUGAAUGCUUACACUAUGAGAGGAGCAGGAGCAGUGAUCCAUACACAUUCUAAGGCUGCUGUGAUGGCCACCCUUCUUUUUCCAGGACGGGAAUUUAAAAUUACACAUCAGGAGAUGAUAAAAGGAAUCAAGAAAUGUACCUCUGGAGGGUAUUACAGAUAUGAUGAUAUGUUAGUUGUCCCCAUUAUCGAGAACACACCAGAGGAAAAAGACCUUAAAGAACGAAUGGCUCGAGCAAUGAAUGAGUACCCUGAUUCCUGUGCUGUGUUAGUCAGGCGCCAUGGGGUAUACGUCUGGGGAGAAACAUGGGAAAAAGCUAAAACCAUGUGUGAAUGUUAUGACUACUUGUUUGAUAUUGCUGUAUCAAUGAAAAAGGUAGGGCUGGACCCAACACAGCAUCCAACUGGAGAAAAUGGAAUUUUAUAACCCAGGAUUUAAUAUUAUCCAGGGACCGAGCUAAAACACUCAAUCAGGAAUUCAAAAAGAAGACAAGGAGGCCUUCUGGACUAUUUUUGUAAAUUAAUUAUGUGUUUUUAUUGGAUAUAUUUUGUUAUUAAUAUGUCAUCACAUGAUACUCAUGGAGUAUAAUAUUUUUUUCUCUGCUUCAUUCAGUAAAUGAUGAUUAUUUCUUUACAUAUGUUUUACGAUAUGUUAUACACUAGCAAGAAAGGGAAUAAAAAUGUAAUCAAAUAAGGUUUUGGUUCUCUUUGUUUACCUCUUCUUCCAUCUCACAUCCUUCAAACAAGCACUC